AUGUCUCGCAGAGCGGCGUGGUCGGUGGUGAUCUCGCUGGCGCUGGCGGCCGUGGCGCUCCUGCUGCAGCACAAGUGGCGCCAUCACUUGACCAUGGGAGCCACCGUCACGUCACUGGACACGGCAACGCUGCCCAUCUACCAGCUGCCGUUCCCUGCUGUCAGCGUCUGCCCCAUCAACAAGGUGCAUCGCAGCCAUGCCCGGAGCCUGCUGCAGAACAUGUAUCUGCCUGAAGGUAUGAGCCUGGACCAGGGAGUUCAGGAACUGGGAAAGCUCGUGGAACUGAUCGAACCACGAGAGAAGGAUAUCGACCACCUGAGGUUGGCCCAAGCCAUCCUGGACCUUAACAACGUGUCUCUGGACGUCUUCAUGAGGAAGAUAUCACCGUCCUGCGACAGCAUGUUGCCAACAUGCAAGUGGAAAGGUAGAACACAGCGCUGCAGUGAAAUUUUCGUUCUGAGAAAAACUUUCGAGGGCUACUGCUGCUCCUUCAACUACCUCGGUGUGCUCGACGAAAUAGUCAGCUACGAGAGGCAGCUAAACGUGGGGAGCCCACGACGCAUCAGCUCUGCUGGGCAUCAGAUGGGCCUCUCUGUGGUGGUCAGUGAUGUCCAGGAUGAGUACGUCUCCACCCUACAUGUGUCGCACGGCGUAAAGAGGUACCUGGGGUGCAGGCAACGUUACAGUCUGCCUUCUCCUGUCAACCCAUAUGGUAGGAUGGGUAAUGUCAGCACGAGCUCCAUGUCCACGUCAGGUCCAGGGCCUGGUGGUGGUAGUGCUCCGCAGUUGGUGGCUGAGGUGAGUGAGAUGUCUCUGGUGUGGACAGCAGCUGCAUCGGCGCAGGUAGCAGUGAUGGAGACCUCUCAUAUGUCAUGGCAGGGACCCAGCUGCAUCAGGUGA